GAAGUUUUCCUUGACUUCCCGGAAGUAAAGCUGAAAAAAAAAAAAAGUUGACGCGUGUUUCAUCAGCCACGCAACUUCUCCGCGUGGGCUCUGGUUCCACGUCUUCGCUGAGUUCCUCCUUUAACCACGGCGCUUCGGAAUGGACGGAGACCGUGUGACCGAGUACGUGACGCGGCUGCAGCAGCAGGAGUGCGAGAUCCAAAGUCUCUCUGCCGAACUGGAGGUUCUGAAGAAUCCGCAGCGGUUGAAUCCGUCUUGUCAUUUGGAUGAGCUGCGAGAAGAGAACAGCAGGCUGCAAUAUCGCUUCAACAUUCUCAAGCGGAGUCUGCAGGAGGAGGCUGCCCACUGCGGGACCGCCAUGAUGAACAUCAACCAGCGGCUGCAGGACAUUUUCGCCCGGGCCAUCCGGGCCUCCUGCCCCGAGCUGGACAGCCCGCCGCUGUCCGUCACGCCCAACCAGCAGGCCAAGUUUGGGGACUACCAGUGCAACAGCGCCAUGGCCAUGGCACAGAUGUUGAAGGCAAAAGGAAUGAACGUCAGCCCGAGGGACUUAGCCGAGAAGAUCAUUCAGAACAUUCCGGAAAAUGAACUCAUCCAGAAGACUGAAAUCGCAGGACCGGGCUUCAUCAACGUCCACCUGAAGCGUUCGUUUGUGUCCAGGCUGUUGAGCAACCUUCUGGUCAAUGGUGUGCAGCCGCCUCCGCUCCCCUCCAGAAAGAGGGUGGUGGUGGACUUCUCGUCGCCCAACAUUGCCAAGGAGAUGCACGUGGGCCACCUGCGCUCCACCAUCAUCGGCGAGAGCAUGUCGCGCCUCUUUGAGUUCCUGGGCUACGACGUGCUCAGGCUGAACCACGUCGGCGACUGGGGCACACAGUUUGGGAUGCUCAUUGCGCACCUGCAGGAUAAAUUCCCAAACUACCUGACCGUAUGUCCCCCCAUCGGAGACCUGCAGGCCUUCUACAAAGAGUCCAAGAAGCGUUUCGAUGAGGAUGAGGACUUCAAGAAGCGAGCAUAUCAUUGCGUGGUCCGGCUGCAGAGUAAAGAACCCGACUUCAUUAAAGCUUGGAAGCUCAUCUGUGACGUCUCCAGGAAAGAGUUCCAGAAGGUUUAUGACUGCCUGGAUGUGAACAUCAUCGAGCGGGGGGAGUCCUUCUACCAGGACAUGAUGACUGAGGUGGUCAAGGAGUUUGACGAGAGAGGCAUGACGGAGCUGGACGAGGGCCGCAAGAUCGUCUUCGCCCCGGGUCAGUCCAUCCCGCUCACCAUCGUCAAGUCGGACGGCGGCUACACGUACGACACGUCCGACCUGGCCGCCAUUCGCCAGCGCAUUUUUGACGAAAAGGCCGACAUGAUCAUCUACGUGACGGACAGCGGGCAGGGUACACACUUCCAGGUGGUGUUCGCCGCUGCCAAGAUGAUCGGAUGGUACGACCCCCAGGUGACCAGGGUGGAACACGCCGGAUUCGGAGUGGUGCUGGGAGAAGACAAGAAGAAGUUUAAGACUCGCUCUGGCGACACGGUGAGGUUGAUGGACCUGCUGGACGAGGGACUGAAGCGGUCCAUGGACAAACUUAAGGAAAAAGAGCGAGACAAGGUUUUGACGCCAGAGGAACUGACCAAGGCGCAGCGCUCGGUGGCGUUUGGCUGCAUCAAGUACGCCGACCUGUCGCACAACCGCAUCAACGAUUACGUCUUCUCCUUCGACAAGAUGCUGGACGACCGCGGCAACACGGCGGCGUAUCUCCUCUACGCGUUCACCCGCAUCCGCUCCAUCGCCCGUCUGGCCAACGUGGACGAGGCGUCCCUGAAGAAGGCGGCCGAGAGCGUCGAGGUGCUCCUGGAUCACGACAAGGAGUGGAAGCUGGGCAAGUGCAUCCUCCGCUUUCCCGAGAUCCUGCAGAAGAUUCUGGACGACCUGCUGCUGCACACGCUGUGCGAUUACCUGUACGAGCUGGCCACGACCUUCACCGAGUUCUACGACAGCUGCUACUGCGUGGAGAAGGACCGACACACGGGGGAGGUGGUGAAGGUGAACAUGUGGCGAAUGUUGCUCUGCGAAGCCACAGCGCUCGUCAUGGCCAAAGGCUUCGACAUUCUCGGCAUCAACCCGGUGCAGAGAAUGUGAAGGCGUCGACCGGCCGCGCGCUCCCCGUUAUCGCCCACUGAUAUGAUCAUGAACUCACUUUAUCGUCAUGUUUCCAUUUUAUUUUUUAAUUAAAAAGAUGAUGUGGAACACGCUG